GGAAGCACAAGGUGUGCAGGCUGAGGAGAGGCAGCCAUGGAUUGUGUGCUCCUUCAAGACGAGCCUGCUCCUUCACAGAACCCGCAGCCCAGUGCUCGGUCUCCUCCGGUCACCCUCCAUGAGGAAGGAAAGUAAAUGCAGAGAGGCCAGUGCUUAUACCAAACGUGCGGAGCCCAGUGCACCCGGGUCACACCUCUUGGAGCAACCAGGCAGUGCGACAAGGUGGCUACUGCUUGCGGCAGCCAUGUCCUUCAGUGCCACUAUUCUCUUCUCCCCGCCUGGCGGCAGCGAGGCCAGAUGCUGCUGCUGUGCCUGUAAGAGCGAGACCUGCACCGGCAGCACCAGCUCUCAGGGCGGGAACCCUCCGGCCAGCACUCCUAUCACAGUGACCGGACACGGCCUGGCCGUUCAGAGCUCAGAGCAGCUCUUGCAUAUCAUCUACCAGCGCGUGGACAAGGCGGUGGGUCUGGCCGAGGCUGCUCUGGGUCUCGCCAGGGCCAACAACGAACUGUUAAAACGUCUCCAGGAGGAAGUGGGGGAGCUGAGGCAAGGGAAAGUGCCCGCUCCUGAGGAAGAGGGGGAGAGCCGGGCACAUGGUUCCCCUCCUGAGGAGCAGGGGCCCUUCAAGGAGAGCCCCGGGGAAGCCUGCAAGCCUGGGACUGCCGCGGAGGAGGAGUGUGACAUGGCCGGAGGCGAGCAGGUGGUGAUGGAAGAGCUGCCGCAGCUGGGGGCGGCCUCGGCCGGGGCGCCCGGGCCUUUGGGCUUCCCUGGCACCCAGAGGGACCUGCGGCUCCCAGCAUGUGCCCUGGCUCCCAGUGAGGGGGCCCCGGUCCUCAAUCCCCUGGUGGAUGACUAUGUGGCCUCUGAGGGUGCAGUACAGCGAGUGCUGGUCCCUGCUUUCACUAGGCAGCUCUCACCAGCCACACAACUGGCCAUCCAGUGGGCAACCUCAGAGACAGGGCCAGAAAAUGGAGCCAAGCUGCCACCGCCCCGGCCAGAGGAUAUGCUCAAUGCUGCUGUGGCUCUGGAUGGUGCCUUGGAAGAGUCAGGCCCUGGGGGAACUGGGGAGCUGCGGCACUCUCUAGGGUUCACUGCUUCCCCGUGCAGGACCAGAGGGACUGGGCAGAAGAACUCCAGGCGCAAGCGGGAUCUGGUUCUUUCAAAAUUGGUCCACAAUGUGCAUAACCACAUCACCAAUGACAAGAGGUUCAAUGGGUCUGAAAGCAUCAAGUCAUCCUGGAAUAUUUCAGUAGUGAAGUUCCUUCUGGAAAAGCUCAAGCAGGAGCUGGUGACCAGUCCUCACAAUUAUACUGAUAAGGAGCUGAAAGGAGCCUGUGUGGCCUAUUUCCUUACUAAGAGGCGUGAAUACCGCAACUCUCUGAACCCUUUUAAAGGCCUAAAGGAAAAAGAGGAGAAGAAACUUCGAAGUCGAAGAUACCGGCUUUUUGCCAAUCGAUCCAGUAUCAUGAAGCAUUUUGGACCUGAGGACCAGCGCCUGUGGAAGGAUGUGACUGAAGAGCUAAUGUCAGACGAAGAGGACAGUCUUAAUGAGCCAGGCGUCUGGGUGGCCCGGCCACCCCGGUUCCGGGCCCAGCGCCUCACAGAGCUCUGCUACCACCUGGAUGCCAACUCAAAGCAUGGCACUAAAGCCAACCGUGUGUAUGGGCCACCUUCAGACCGAUUACCUUCAGCUGAAGCCCAACUCCUCCCACCAGACCUUUACAAUCCUAAUUUUCAAGAAGAGGAAGAUAAGGGAGGUGAUGAGAAUGGAUCUGUCUCCCCAUCUUUUGACCAACCCCACAAAACCUGCUGCCUUGACUUGAACUCAUUCAUAGAAAUCAAGGUGGAAAAGGAUGAGUGAAACCCGUAACCGAGCCCAAGACCUGCCGCUCCCAUGUCACUGUGGGUGGCAGUAAGGCUUCCCAGGAUGGUGGGUGGUUCCCAUACAGUCUGAGAAAGCAAAUCUGCCUCUCUUCUUAACACAGGCCCCACCGGAAGGGGAGACUGGCAGCCCUGGUAGGUAAAGAAAGAAGGGUCACAUCUAGAAGAGAGAAAACUCCCUCACUGUGAACGGCAAGACAGACAAUGCUUAGUCCUAAGCAUAAACAGUGCCUCAGAGGAACCUGGGAUGAGAAGUGGAGGGUGGGUCUAGGAAACAUGAGAC